AUGCUUUUAACUAGAAAUAGAAUUUGGGGUAACAUUAUAGGUGGAAAUGAAAGAUCAGGAUAUAAGGAGUUGAAGAAAGCAUUAAUCGGACCUGCUCGUCUUAAUUGGUACAAAUUCCACGAAUUAAAUUUGAUUUAUCCCUUCACUAAGGAAUGGGACAAGAGAAAUGAGUUAAAGGAGAAGCAUUAGGAGAGAAGAAUGAGAAUCUUCAUGAGAGGAGUGAAAAUUGGAAGCAAGAAGGGAGGCACAUAGAUCACUACCAUGUCUAUCUUUGAAAUGCAGAAUAAAAAGAAAAUUAAUGAUCCAGUAGCUGCUCAGAAACUACAAGAAGAGGCUGCAAAGGCUGGAUUCACUGAUGAUAGUCUAGGACUCACUUCAGAUGCAUGA